AUAUUCCCAGUCCAAGUUUCUCCCAGCAGCUCUGCCCAGUGACCAUGCCUCACCGCGGGCAGCGCCACCUCCACUGCCCGGAGCCCAGGGGCUGUUCCGCCGCCUCCCUCCCAUGUGCUUCCCGCUGAAGAAGCCACCGAGGAACCAGAGGAACCGCUGAGCUCUCACUUUUUUACUUCUUCCCUUGCUUGUUUGUUACUCCCACCGUGCCGCCGGGGGUCUUCAGGAGAGGACGCGGUGGCCGCUGUGGGUGGGGGGGUGGACCGAGGACUAAGUUGUACUUGUUGGUCCCACCAUGGGGAACGCGGGGAGCAUGGACCAGCACGCCGACCCCAGAGGACACCACAUGCCGCUGAAGCUGCCCGUGCCCGAGCCGGCCGAGCUGGAGGAGAGGUUCGCCAUCGUCCUGAGUUCGAUGAAUCUUCCUCCAGACAAAGCACGACUGUUGCGGCAGUAUGACAGCGAGAAGAAGUGGGAACUCAUCUGCGAUCAGGAGCGAUUCCAGGUGAAAAACCCGCCUCACACGUACCUACAGAAGCUGAGGAGUUAUCUAGACCCAGCAGUCACAAGAAAGAAAUUCAGACGGAGGGUUCAGGAGUCCACCCAAGUCCUGAGAGAACUGGAAAUUUCAUUACGGACCAAUCAUAUAGGGUGGGUGAGAGAGUUCCUAAAUGAAGAGAACAAAGGCCUGGACGUGCUGGUGGAGUAUCUUUCUUUCGCACAGUAUGCUGUCACGUUUGAUGGAGACUGUCUGGAGAAUAACCCGGAGGCUUUGAUAGACAAGUCGAAGCCCUGGAGCCGCUCAAUAGAAGACCUCCAUGGAGGCAGCACGCUGCCGUCUCCCAUCACGGGGAACGGCAUCACACGUGGCGGGCGAAGUUCCACCAUACGCUCUAACACGCUGCCCAGCCGGCGAACGCUGAAGAACUCCAGACUGGUCUGUAAAAAGGACGACGUCCACGUCUGCAUCAUGUGCCUGCGUGCUAUCAUGAACUACCAGUAUGGCUUCAACAUGGUCAUGUCACACCCACAUGCUGUGAAUGAAAUUGCACUAAGUCUCAACAAUAAAAACCCCAGAACUAAAGCUCUGGUCCUGGAGCUCCUGGCGGCGGUCUGUCUCGUGAGAGGAGGACACGAAAUUAUUCUCUCUGCGUUCGACAACUUUAAGGAGGUGUGUGUGGAGGAGCAGCGGUUUGAGAAGCUAAUGGAGUAUUUCAAGAACGAGGACAACAACAUUGACUUCAUGGUGGCAUGUAUGCAGUUCAUCAACAUUGUCGUGCACUCUGUGGAGGACAUGAACUUCAGGGUUCAUCUACAGUUCGACUUCACCAAGCUGUUCCUGGACGACUACCUGGACAAACUAAAACACACAGAGAGCGAUAAGCUGCAGGUGCAGAUCCAGGCGUACUUGGAUAACGUCUUUGACGUGGGAGCCCUCCUGGAGGAUGCCGAGACCAAAAACGCUGCCCUGGAGCGGGUGGAGGAGCUGGAGGAGAACAUGUCUCAUAUGUCAGAGAAGCUGCAGGACAUGGAGAAUGAGGCCAUGUCCAAGAUUGUGGAGCUGGAGAAGCAGCUGAUGCAAAGGAACAAGGAUCUUGAAUCCAUCAGGGAAGUCUACAAAGACACCAGCUCGCAGGUUCACUCCCUGCGGCAGAUGUUGAAGGAGAAGGACGAGGUCAUCCAGCGAUCUUCUAACCUGGAGAGGAAGAUCCACGAGCUGGAGAAGCAGGGCACCAUCAAGAUCCACAAGAAGGGAGACGGGGACAUCUCCAUCCUGCCUUCGCCGCCCCCUGGGGUGGAGGGCGUGUUGGGUGGCGUGCCGGGCGGCGUGAUCGGAGGAACAAUCGGAGCUGUCAGUCCAAACCAUGUAGGUGGUGUAGCGGGCACGCCUGGUCCGCCACCACCACCUCCUCCUCCUCCACUGCCAGUGAACGGCACAUUGCUAAAUGGACCUUCAUUGAUCAUUCCAACAAUGGCGGCACCUCCUCCGCCGCCUCCUCCACCUCCUCCACCUCCUCCUCCACCCCCACCCCCAGGACUAUCAUCAGGCCCUCUGCCUCCUCCACCUCCUCCCAUGGCUCCACCACUGCCCGGCUGUGGGACGCCCACCGUCAUCAUGAACUCUGGGUUGGCCGCCGUCAAGAUCAAGAAACCCAUCAAGACGAAGUUCCGAAUGCCCGUCUUCAACUGGGUCGCGCUUAAACCGAACCAGAUCAACGGCACCGUCUUCAAUGAGAUCGAUGAUGAGAGGAUACUGGAGGACUUGAACGUGGACGAGUUCGAGGAGAUGUUCAAGACGAAAGCCCAGGGCCCGUCCAUCGACAUCACUCUGAGCAAGCACAAGGUGAUCCAGAAGGGACCCAGCAAGGUGACCCUGCUGGAAUCCAACAGGGCGAAGAACCUGGCCAUCACGCUGAGGAAAGUGGGGAAGGCGCCCGAGGAGAUCUGCAAGGCCAUUCAGCUCUUGGACCUCCGCACUCUGCCCGUGGACUUUGUGGAGUGUCUGAUGCGCUUCCAGCCCACAGAGAACGAGAUUAAAGUCAUGCGUCAGUUUGAAAAGGAGCGCAAGCCGGUGGAGACCCUGACGGACGAGGACCGCUUCAUGAUGCAGUUCUGCAAGAUCGAGCGGCUCAUGCAGAAGAUGACCAUCAUGGCCUUCAUCGGCAACUUCUGCGAGAGCAUUACGAUGCUCACGCCGCAACUUCACGCAGUCAUCGCAGCGUCGGUCUCCAUCAAGUCGUCACAGAAGCUGAAGAAGAUUCUUGAGAUUAUCCUGGCACUUGGAAACUACAUGAACAGCAGCAAAAGAGGAGCGGUGUACGGCUUCAAGCUGCAGAGUCUAGACUUGCUUAUCGAUACCAAGUCGACGGACCGUAAGAUAACUUUGUUACACUACAUCGCCAACGUGGUGAAAGAGAAGUACUCGCAGGUUUCUCUCUUCUACAACGAACUGCACUACGUGGAGAAGGCUGCAGCAGUGUCGCUGGAGAACGUCCUGCUGGAUGUGAGGGAGCUGCAGAGAGGCAUGGAGCUGACCAGACGGGAGUACAGCAUGCACGGCCACAACACCAUGCUCAAGGACUUCAUCACACACAACGAGAACAAGCUGAAGAAGAUGCAGGACGACGCCAAGAUUGCACAGGACGCCUUCGACGAGGCGGUGAAAUUCUACGGGGAGAACGCCAAAACCACGCCGCCGUCCGUCUUCUUCCCUGUGUUUGUGCGAUUUGUUAAGGCUUACAGGCAAGCGGAAGAGGACAACGAGCACAGAAAGAGACAGGAGCAGAUAAUGAUGGAGAAACUUCUAGAGCAAGAGGCCAUGAUGGAGGAAGAUCAGAAGUCUCCCUCCCAUAAGAACAAGCGGCAGCAGCAGGACCUGAUCCAGGAGCUGAGGAAGAAGCAGGUGAAGGACAGCCGCCACGUGUACGAAGGCAAAGAUGGAGCCAUUGAGGACAUCAUCACAGUGCUGAAGACGGUGCCCUUCACCGCCCGCACUGCCAAGCGCGGCUCUCGGUUCUUCUGCGAGUCCGCCCUCAAUGAGGAGUACCAUUACUAAGCUAAUAGCUCUCUCUCUCCUCUCAAAGGUUACUGGAACAAAAUGUCCUUCAAGU